UGCCAUAUACAUUCUGUAACUGGCGCGUUUUUACGCACAAAGACACGAUGAGCGUCUGGACGUCUCGGUGCGCUCUCUUGACCUCGCUCUGUCUCUUUCUAAACUGUUCAGCCACAGUGUCGACUUUUGAGUUGACGCUGCUUCACACUAACGACAACCAUGCACGGAUCGAGGAGACCAGCGAGGACUCGGGGAAGUGUCCAGCCGGGGGUCCUUGCUUCGGCGGAGUCGCCAGGAGGUUCACUAAAGUGUCGGAGAUCAGGAAAAAGGAGAAGAACGUGUUGUUGUUGGAUGCUGGAGACCAGUUUCAGGGAACUGUCUGGUUCAACUACUAUAAAGGCGCCGAGGCAGCGCACUUCAUGAACAAACUCGGUUAUGAUGCUAUGUCUUUUGGAAACCAUGAGUUUGACAACGGAGUGGAGGGUCUCAUUCAGCCCUUCCUCCAAAAUGUGAAUUGCUCUGUGGUGAGUGCCAACAUCAUAACUGACCAGACUGGCACAAAGCUCAGCCGCUACUUUCAGCCCUACACAGUCCUAAAUGUGGGCUCAGAGAAAGUGGCUGUGGUUGGCUACACCACUGCUGAGACCCCCUUCUUAUCCAUGCCAGGCCAACACUUAAAGUUUGAGGAUGAAGUGAAGGCACUUCAGGUUCAGGUCGAUAAGCUGGAAACCUUGGGCUAUAAUAAGAUCAUCGCCCUGGGCCACUCUGGCUUUGACGUGGAUCGAGAUAUCGCCAAGCGUGUGAGAGGAGUUGAUGUCGUUAUUGGAGGACACACCAACACAUUCCUCUAUACUGGAAAGCACCCAUCCACUGAAGUGCCUGCAGGUCUGUACCCUUUUAUGGUGAGGUCUAACGAUGGGAGAAACGUGCCAGUGGUCCAGGCCUUUGCCUUUGGGAAGUACCUUGGCUACUUGAAACUUACCUUUGACGAGGCUGGGAAUGUGGUCAAAGCUGCUGGAAACCCCAUCCUAAUGGACAGUAGCAUUCGUCAAGACCCAGAUGUCCUUGCUGACAUUGAGAAGUGGAAGAAAGACUUGGCCCAGUAUUCCUCGCAGUAUGUCGGACAGACCUUAGUCUAUCUCAAUGGGACGUUUGAAGAGUGUCGAUUUCGGGAGUGUAACCUUGGAAACCUGAUCUGUGAUGCUAUGAUUUAUCACAAUAUAAAGCAUUCAAGUGAGCUGCAGUGGAAUCAUGUGGGCAUAUGUAUGCUGAAUAGUGGGUCUAUACGGGCAGCUAUUAACGAGAACUACAAAAAUGGUUCCAUAACUAUGGAGGAGAUACUCACCGUCUUACCGUUUGGAGGAACCAUUGACUUGGUCCAGAUAAAUGGAUCAACAGUGAAAAAGGCAUUUGAACACUCCAUUCACAGAUAUGGAAGCAUGUAUGGAGAAUUUCUUCAAGUCUCAGGCAUUCACAUUCAGUAUGACCUCUCCAAACCAGUGAACCAGCGUGUAGUGUCUCUGUCCAUGCUCUGCACUGAGUGCCGUGUGCCCAAGUACGAACCGUUAGACCCGGAGAAGACAUACACUGUGGUCAUGCCUUCAUACAUUGUGGGCGGAGGUGAUAACUUUACCAUGAUCAAGGAGGAGUUACUGAAGCAUAACACAGGUGACAUGGACAUUUCUGUUUUGUCCAAAUACAUAUCGGACAUGAAACGUGUGUACCCAGCAGUGGAAGGCCGGAUCACAUUCAGGAACUCAGCUGUCUUUACAGCUCGCAGCCUUGGGUUGUUGCUGCUGGGUUUAUGUCUGUGCCUGAUCCUCUGAUUGACAGUCUCGGGAACUGUGAUAAAGGGCACGUUUGGCUGCUUGUAAUCUCCUCUGGGACUUGGUUAACUGCCUUUCUAUCUCGCUGCCUUCGCUGCCAAGGAUAACUAGAAGACAACAGGAUUGCAGGUUUAGCCUCAGGGUAGAUUUAGUCAAUGACUUAAAUAUGAAAACGGUAAAUAUGUAUUGGAUAUUACAAAUACUUUUGACUUAAAAGUGCAUGUAAGUCAUUUGAACUAUGAAUGUAUUUUUUCUUGUGAAUCUAAAGGUUUAUGAGAGUUCAAAGACUGAAAGUGAGAUAAUGAACAAAGGAAAAGCUGUCGACUGCUAUAUCUCUUCCUUUCAUUACUCAUAGAAAUGGAUGGAAACAAGCCAAAGAUUUAAAGUAUUCAUGCACCUGAAUGUGCCUAUACAUAUUAUUUUUAUAAAGAAUAUUGCUAUUUGAGUAUGUCCAUCAUCAAGUUACAUAGUUUUUUGUUUUGUUAUGACCAUUGCCUUUUUAAACAUUUCCCUGUAUGCAGACAUAUUAACACACGCUGAAAAAAUUAAAUAUUGAAAAUGGAAAUGAAAGGCAUUUUCUCAGGUAUUCUUUUUUUGACGUAUCAAAAAAAUAAAUGGCAUUGUGACAACAAUUCA